UUGGGAAGAGUGACCGAGCGGAGAUCCAAACUUUUACAAACCGGCGACUUUUUAACUCCUUCAUUUUCAUUCAAUAGGAUUUGUCAGUGUUCUGACGAUCCUUAAACAGUAUUGUUAUUGCUCGAUAUAUUGUUAGAUUUGUUUGAAGAGAACGCUUCUCCUCAUUUUGAGCUUUUUCUUGGAUAUUGUCGAGUGGAGAUUAGUUCACUGGACACAUGCGGAUCACAUUUAUGUGGAUGUAUUUUUGUUAUCAAUAAACGACCUUUAAGCCCAUGGGAGAGAAAGGAUUGACUUUGCGGUCUUUUUGACACGUUUUGGUGGUUUUGUUUUUCGUCUGUGCGAAUCUCUGUGAACGGAAAAACUUCCACCCAACUUUUUUUCUGCUGUUGGUCGUCGUGUGAUCCAGCAGGUGGAGAAACACGAGCCGCUCUUUCAUCAGAGAAAAACAACCUGUUUAAGAUACGUAAACUCGGAUUUCUUCUAAAUUUGCCCAGGAUUUAAUUCGCCUUGGUUGCUCGAAGUAAUUUUAUACAAAGUGAGUCUGGUGGUUGUCAUGGCGUCAUCCUCUGUUAAAGUUGCAGUGCGUGUGCGGCCUUUCAACAGCCGCGAAACAAACCGAGGAGCGAAAUGUGUGAUCCAGAUGCAGGACAAGAGCACCUGUAUUAUUAAUCCCAAACAACCCAAGGAUGCACCCAAGAACUUCACUUUUGAUUAUUCAUACUGGUCACACAGCUCGGAAGAGGACCCGGCCUUUGCAUCUCAGAGGAAGGUGUAUCAGGACAUUGGUGAGGAGAUGCUGCUGCAUGCAUUUGAGGGUUAUAACGUGUGUAUCUUCGCUUAUGGACAGACUGGAGCAGGGAAGUCCUACACAAUGAUGGGCAAACAGGAACCUGGACAGCAAGGCAUCAUACCACAGAUGUGUGAGGAUUUGUUCGGGCAAACGGCAGAUAACACUGACCCUGACCUGUCCUUUUCUGUAGAGGUGUCAUAUAUGGAGAUUUACUGUGAGCGGGUUCGAGACCUGUUAAACCCAAAGAGUCGGGGGUCCUUACGUGUUAGAGAACAUCCUAUAAUGGGCCCUUAUGUAGAAGACCUCUCUAAAAUGGCGGUCACCAGCUACAGUGAUAUCGCUGACCUCAUGGACACUGGCAACAAAGCCAGGACGGUUGCUGCUACAAAUAUGAAUGAGACCAGCAGCCGCUCUCACGCUGUCUUCACCAUCCUCUUCACACAGCACAGGCAUGAUAACAUGACCAACCUGGACACUGAGAAGGUGAGUAAGAUCAGUCUGGUGGAUCUGGCAGGAAGUGAGCGAGCAGACUCAUCUGGAGCCAAAGGCAUGAGGUUAAAGGAGGGAGCCAAUAUAAAUAAAUCUCUCACAACACUGGGUAAAGUCAUCUCAGCCCUGGCAGACAUGCAUGGCACUAAGAAGAGACGCUCUGAUUUCAUUCCCUACAGGGACUCUGUACUCACAUGGUUAUUGAGAGAGAAUCUGGGUGGAAACUCUCGCACGGCCAUGAUUGCUGCUCUGAGUCCAGCAGAUAUCAAUUAUGAGGAAACACUCGGUACUCUCAGGUAUGCAGACAGAGCGAAGCAGAUCAAGUGUAAUGCUGUGGUGAACGAGGAUCCUAACGCACGUCUCAUCAGAGAGCUCAAAGAUGAGGUGAACAGACUCAAAGAUCUCCUACUGUCUCAGGGACUCAGCAACCUCAUCACUGCCUCAGGGUCUGAAACAGGCCGCCCAGCUUUAGUCAUGGCAUCAGGUGAACUUAAUCAGCCCUCGCUCCCAUAUGUACAGAAUAAUUCUGAUGCGUCAAUGGAGGGUGUGACGCCCACCAGCCCCACUGAGCUCAUCAGUGAAGAGGAGGCCGUGGAGAGACUCAAGGAAACGGAGAAGAUGAUUGCCGAGCUAAAUGAAACAUGGGAGGAGAAACUCAGGAAAACAGAGUCAAUACGACAGGAGAGGGAGUCACUGCUGGCUGAGAUGGGUGUGUCCGUAAAAGAGGAUGGAGGAACUGUGGGUGUUUUCUCGCCCAAAAGAACGCCACACCUGGUAAAUCUGAACGAGGAUCCUCUUAUGUCAGAGUGUCUGAUCUAUUACAUUAAAGAUGGUGUGACCAGGGUUGGUCAGGAGGAUGUAGAUAUUCGUCUGAGCGGUCAGUUUAUAAAGGAGCUGCAUUGUGUCUUCUGCAGUGAUGUCAAUGAGAAUAAUGAGGUGGUUGUGACUCUGGAGCCGUUAGUUGGGGCAGAAACAUAUGUCAAUGGCAAACGAAUUACUGAUGGUGUCGUACUCAAACAAGGUAACCGUAUAGUGAUGGGGAAGAACCAUGUGUUCAGAUUCAAUCACCCUGAGCAGGCGCGGUUAGAGAGAGAGCGCAGUGCCACUCAGGAACAGCAGGUGGAGCAAGUGGACUGGAGCUAUGCACAGAGAGAACUGCUGGAGAAACAAGGCAUUGACAUAAAGAAAGAGAUGGAGAAGAGACUUCAGGAUCUGGAGAAUCAGUAUCGAAAAGAGAAAGAGGAGGCCGACCAGCUACUGGAACAACAGCGACUGUAUGCAGACUCAGACAGUGGUGAUGACUCGGAUAAACGCUCCUGUGAGGAGAGUUGGAGACUCAUCUCUUCUCUCAGAGAGAAAUUACCAGCCAACAAGAUGCAGUCUAUAGUGAAGAAGUGUGGUUUGCCUAGCAGUGGGAAGAGGAGAGAGCCGGUCCGAGUGUAUCAGAUCCCUCAGCGCCGCCGCGUACCCGCCUCCCUCGAGUCCAAACACAGACUAAGCUUAGAAGAGCUUCGCACUCAGGCUGUUAAAGAGAUCUGCUAUGAGGUGGCGCUUGGAGAUUUCCGGCACACACCCCAGGAGAUUGAGGCUUUGGCCAUUGUCAGAAUGAAGGAGCUUUGCCGCACAUAUGGCCAAAAAGACCCUCAGGAGAGAGAGAGCUGGAAAAGUGUAGCGAAGGAUGUGUGUGAGACAGUGGGCAUCGGAGAGGAGGAGGGAGACAGGGAGGAGAGGAUGAUGGCCUCAGCUGGAGGAGGAGUAGCAGGGAGUGAGAAAGGAAAGACAGAUAUGGGUGAACUGAAGGCUCAUAUUGAUAAGCUGACUGAUAUACUGCAGGAGGUGAAGCUGCAGAAUAACAUGAAGGAUGAGGAGAUCCGAUCGCUGAGGGAUCGCAUGGUGAAGAUGGAGAAAAUAUUUCCUGUAGGAGUGCAGGAAGAAGAUGAUGAAAUUGGGUUGGAUGCCAGAGGUGAUGACCCGACAGCACAAGGCAACAGACGUGAUGAGGAUUCAGGUUAUCAACGUGGUCGCCACCGCUGGCAGUACCCAGAGAAGUUCCACGACCCCAAACGUCGCAAAGGAACCGGCAAUCAGCCAAACAAUUCCCUUUACACCCCUCCAUCAGGACACUCUCAGAACAUCCCAUCCAGCUCUGCUUCAGGUCGCUUUCCAAAUCCAUCUUUCAAUUCUCAACCCCCUCGCUACCCCAAUGGGCCUUUCUUGCCUGGCACUGGACGGUUCUUACCUCCUCAAGAGAGAAGGCUACAGUUCCCCUUUAAGAAUAACCCCCAACAUAGGGGCUUUUUCUGGGGCCCGUCCACAAACCAAGGCAGUGCCGAAAGUUUAAAGGAUGCAACUGGUCAAAUAUCCUCCAAUACUGAUUCGGUUCACACUUUCGAGUCUUUGCCUCCUCCAAACAAGGGCCAAUGGCCCAACAAUCAUUACCAACAACGCCGCAAUCAUGGCAACAGAGGCUAUGGUAACCGAGGCAACAGGCAGCGACCACGAAACAGAGGACGGAACCCAUUUGAUGGUUAUUUGACCAAUGAGCAGGCUGGGAACGUUGAGCAUAAGGAUGUUGGGGCGAUCCAAGGACAGCGCAAGCAGGGUAGAGCAAGGUACACUUGGUACAAUCCAAAUUUUGGUUCUGACCAGUCUGUUGGAGAUGGUUCUCAAUUGAACUACAACCAACACCAAAGCAGGCAAGGUCUCUACAGACACCCCAACGCACAGUACAACCACUACCAGCCCCCUUAUUUGCAGGACAACACCCCAGAAAUUACCCAAAUUGGGUUUGAAAGCAAUCCCAAUCCAUCUUCUACCCCAGAAUGUAGCACCCCAAUGGAGACCUGAUUUAAUUGCUUCCCCAGAGGUGGCUAAUCAGUGGAUGAUCUGUGGAGUCCAAGGUGUUGUAAAGGGCAGUUCAUGGGAGCCAGUGUAUCACUUGGCGGUAUGUGAUUAAUUUUCUGCUGUUGUUCUUGGAUCAGAUUCAGAGAAACCUUGGAAUUUCCCAUCCCACUGAUGUAUUUCUCGGCCAACAACAACCAUUUUUUAUCUUAUGUUUUGUUAUGGUUUGUUGUAGAACGGUUUUAUAUCAAAAAUGUUGAAGUAACAUGAAGGGAGAACCAUUUUUACAGAAACUUCUUGGUGCAAUAACAUGCAACAAUGUUUUGUACGGUUUGUACGGUAAAAUAUUUAAUGCGCCUGAAUUUCUAUGAACAUAUUGCAGUUUCAUACCUGCACCUACAGUGCUUUAUGAGUGAUAUGUUUAUGUGUGCACAUAUCUGUUUUGUUUUUCAGAUGUAUAUAUAUCCAUUUGUAGGUUAUAUAUUGGAAUUGGAUUCAUUUGUACUUUAUAAUGCACAAUGUAAUGGAAAAUGUAUGUAAUGACCUUUAAAAGUCUGUAAAUUUUGAAAGUUGUGCUGGAUUUUAGAUUAUUUCACACUGUGCCUGCUGAAAAACCAAAGAAUUUGGAAAUACUGCUUUGGGUGCUGCCAUUUUUUAUAAUUUGACAUUUUCCCCACUUUUUCUAUCAUGAUAUUAAUUUCUGAAUUUUUAUUCUUCUUGCAUCCUGGGUUUUUUUUGUUUCCUUGGUUGACAAUUUUAUUGUUUGGAGAUUUUUAACAAAAGAAAUGUGAUAGAUAAUUCUAGGACAAGACUUACUUUAUAGUUAAGUACAAAUAAUGUGGGUGGCAGUGCCUUAUAUAUUAUUUUAUUUUUUUGAGGUACCCUCACUUUGUCUGUUAACCAGGUGAAACAUGAUAAAGCGAAAAAUGCUAAAUCCUCUCACUUCCAUGUUAAGGUGCAUUCACUCUGACAGUGGUUUUAAGUGGAAAAGCGUCUGGAAGUCAUUCAGUGAUGUGAGCGAGUUUCAUUUGAUAACCAACAUGAGCGGCAGUGACGGUUGCUGAUGCGACAAAGUUGAACCAAGUUUAACUUUAUGCAGCUGAGCAAUGGCGUGAAGUAGAGGACUUCCAAUGAGAGUGCAGACAGUGCCGGUCACGUGAUCUGCUUCAUGAUACAGUUGGGUACUGUAGUUGACUUAAAAACCUCCAAUGUUGCAAUUCCUGGCACAGUGAAUGCACCUAUAAUUGGAACUUUUAACCUAACCACCCGCAACAACAAAUUUGCUGGGGUUCUAUUUGUCUUAUCUCAAUGUGUAGUACCACAAUGAAAUCUCAUUAUUCCAAAUUCCCACUCCACAUAGCUCUAUUAAACAUCAGAUAUUUUCAGAUAGGCUGUGAUUUUUGUUUCAUUGCUCAGCAUUCUACUACCUUUGUAGAUGGAACAAUUGCAUCGUGCCUGGUUUGGACAUGGUGUUAUUCCCAUUUUGACUACUUGUAAGUUCUUACCUGACAAUGAUCUGCAACUAAAAAAUGAAUAAUAAAAGAA